AUGACCGCUCCAUUAGCUUCGAGACCAACAAUUAUAUCCCACAUGGCCUAUGGGCUGACACUCUUGCAAAACAUCUCAUCAAACGGAUAUAACGCAAUUCGUUUGCCGUAUUCAAAUGAUAUCUUCAACUCGGCUAACGCACCUAACAGUAUCAACAGCCAAGUCAAUGCUGGACUGCUUAAUAAAACUAGUCUGGAGAUUAUGGAUAUACUUAUCAAUUAUGCCGGAUCGCUCGGAUUGAAAAUUAUUCUGGACAGGCACCGCCCCGAUGCUACUGGACAAAGCGCAUUAUGGUAUACCUCUACGACGUCAGAGUCUACAUGGAUUGCCGACUGGGUAACUUUAGCAAAUCGCUACAAAGGUAACACGGCAGUGAUUGGAGCAGAUUUGCACAAUGAACCACACGAUCCGGCUUGCUGGGGUUGUGGUAACACUACCAUCGAUUGGCGAUUGGCUGCAGAGCGAGCUGGCAAUGCCAUCUUAGCAGUCCAACCGAACUGGUUGAUUAUUGUCGAAGGAACUUCAAUCGUCAACGGUAGCAGCUACUGGUGGGGUGGUAAUUUGAUGGCAGCUGGCCAAUACCCCGUUCGCUUAGAUGUUCCAAACAAGCUAGUAUACAGUAUUCACGACUACUCAACCGAUGUAUCGCAACAGACUUGGUUUAGUGACCCUACAUUCCCGGCCAAUUUGCCCGGCAUUUGGGACAAAUAUUGGGGAUAUUUAUUGAAGCAAGCGAGCCCAGUACCUAUUUGGGUUGGAGAAUUUGGAACUACCUUGGCUGUUGCAUCUGAUGCACAAUGGCUUACUGCGCUUGUAAGUUAUAUGAAUACCAAUGGUGCACAUUGGGCAUUCUGGUGCUGGAAUCCGUCCUUUAUGACUAAAGCAAAGGAUGCUUACCUCACGCCGGCUAAGUUCCCGUUGGGUGGAUCGACUCCAUCUUCCUCCACAACCCAUGUGUCAGUGUCUACCACUACGUCUCAAAGCGCAACUCCUACGACUACAGUAACCACUUCCUCUAGCAAAAGCUCCACAACUACCACAGCAACUACGACAACAACUGCAUCAGGUCCAUGCGCGUCAGUAGUGCCCAUACUAAUAAACUUGCAAUCUAGACGCUAUAUGGUCAGUGUGGAGGAAUUGGCUUUACAGGACCGUCUUGCUGCGCCUCUGGAACAUGCAAAUAUAGUAGCUCCUAUUAUUCUCAGUGCUUGA